AUGUGGCAUUUAGUCGCUUUCCACCAGUGCACACUUGCCACGUCAUCUGCCAACUCCCCCUGUUUUCUCUCCUUGUGCAUGUAGUAGUUGCGGAAACUCUCCUGUGUGCAAGCAUCAAGACGGAGAAGGUGGGAUGUGCGCACCCACAUUUUUAGCUUGCUUGUUGUGGCGGCAAAGCUUGAAAGCCUGGCAUUCGAUUUGUAGUUCAUUGCUUGCUUAGUCAUGGAGCAUUCAGUGCCUGCUGAGAAUGCUCCCGUCGAUACUCACGAAAGUGCGAAUAUCACGAAUCUUGAGAAUGUAGCCACAUUGAAUGCAGCCACAUCGAAUAUCGGUGAGGAGUACUUGGAGAAGGUUAGCACUGCAGAAGCAGGUGAACGGCCUGCAGCGGUGAUGAAGCUUGUGCCAGAUGUUGUAGUCGACUGUGCCAGUGUGCAGAUUGCUGCGAGAGAAAAGGAAGUGAUUCCCACGGUUGUGCACGAAGAUCCGCCUUUGGAUAGGGUCAGCACCUUAAGGCAAAUGGACGUUGAUGAAACCAGGGAGGGAAUAGUUCUUUCGGCACAUAACACCAGUGAACUUGAGGGGUCUCCAGACGCGUCUAAAUUUAUGGUAAAAAGUAACAAUCCGGGCGUACCUCAAGUGGAGGUGGAAUUCCAUCGAUCUGGUUCGUGUGUUGAACCACAUCAGGUGUUGUCUGGGAUUGUGGAUAGCCCAGAUCCAUCCUUACCAAAGCAGCUGCUGGACGGAGCUGCAAAGGCGGAGCAGAAUGGCACUGCGCUUGUGAGCGAGCGUCUUCUAUUGACACCAGUAUCUGUUACUGAUAACAUUAGCAGUCCUGCUGGAGGUACAGUGGCCCGGGAUACAAGUAGUAUUCCCGGCAUUUCUAUGUUAGCGGGGCAGUCGAUUCCUCCCGCAGUUUAUAAGCACGAGGAAGUUGUUGCCAAUAAGGAACUUUUCGCUGACGCUCUCAACAAAUUCCAUACCAUUCUUGGAACGCGUAUCACGAAGAAAGGUAGAGGGGGUAGAGAAAGGGCUGCCGAGGUAAAGACCUUUCAAGAAAGCAUAGCAGGAAUCCCCAAGCUGGGAGGGAAUGACCUUGAUUUGCACCUUUUAUAUGUGGAGGUCACAUCCCGUGGUGGUUUGGAGCAGGUUAUCAAAGACCGGAAAUGGAAAGAAGUCAUAAACUGUUUCAAGUUUCCCGAAAACACCACUAGUGCCUCGUAUAUAUUACGGAAAUAUUAUGUUGGACUUCUUUAUUACUUCGAGCAAGCCUAUUUCUUUGGAAAGAAGGGUCCUCUGAUUCCACCUCCCAUAUCGAUGCCUGGGCCAAGUCCCAUGAGUGUGAAGAGGAGCAACUCAGCAGUAGAUAUAGCAUCUACACCAACAGAGGAUCAACCGGGCUUUAAGAGAACCAGAAAAAGAAAGAUUCUUCCAAUUCAAUCAAUGCCAGUUAUUGAUCCAGCUCAGUCGAUUGGGCUCACAGUACGCACUACCAUCGAAGGCAAGUUCGAGCAUGGAUUUCUUGUUUCGGUCACAGUGGGCACAGAGAAAAUGCGAGGGGUGCUUUAUCAUGUUCCAGCUAUGCAGAGGGCUCCACAACAUGCCUAUAUCCCUAAUUAUCCAGCGACAUUAGGUGCGGAACCUAUUAUUACUCGAGAGGAAUUUAGUCGCCGAGGACUGAAGCGGAAACGCAGACGCACUGAUGACAUGCCCAAAAAGGAUCCAAAUGCACCACGUCCACACCGGACGGGGUAUAACUUUUUCUUUGCUGAGCAGCGUGCAAGGCUCAAAGCCUUGCAUCCUGAAAAGGACAAAGAGUUGAGCAGGAUGAUUGGGGAUGCCUGGAAUAACCUCACAGAAGAGGAGAAGACGCUGUAUCAAGACCGGGGUGUGCAAGACAAAGAGAGAUACAAGACAGAGCUGCGCGAAUACCUGGAAUUACUGAAAUCCCAAAAUGGAAAAAUCCCGAAAGAGUUAGCUGCUGAGCACGAUCCUGAAGAGGAAAAGGGAACCUUGAAGGAAGCUGUUGUUGAUGCUGCUAUUGAUGUUGCUGUUGAUGUUGCUGUUAAUAAUGCUGUUAAUGUUUCUGUUGAUGAUGUUGUUGAUGUUACUACAAAGGCUGUGACUGAUGCCACUGUUGGAAACCACACCCUUGCUGCUGCAACAUCCGAUCACGUUGCAGCAGAUGACACAGGGAAGGCUGUUACUGAUGCCAUUCAUGUAAGUGCAGACAGAGAUGCUACUAAUGGGAGUUAUGACCCUGAUGCUUCUGUUGACGUUGAGGACGGCACUGCCAACACAGUUAUUACCAACACUUCUACUGUUACCACUAUCCGGAAUACUGAUCCGCCUGCUGCCAUGAAUACUGAGGAUUGUAUGGCAAAUUCGGUUAGCUCCCCAUCCGGUGAGGCCCUUGAUGAGCCUGCUUCUAUGGAUGUUGACACUGAACCUCAACAUCCUAAACUCGAUACUUCAAUAUCCUGAAUUUUCACCAGCUGUACUUGUUCGAACAGCAUUUGUAGGCAUGAGAUUUCCUCGUCUGACGAAGGGAGUGGAAUUAAACCCAAAUGAUUCUGUUGGUUUUAUUUUUCUCUCUCUCGUCCGAGCAGGCUUAAUAGGCUAGGGAUCUGGUUGUGUGUGGAAGGACGUUGGAUUUGGGUUGUAAAACUUGCCGACGCGUGUACAGUACACGCCAUGCACUCGUAUGAUUUAGAAAAGAGCAUCAAAGCGAAGUGGUCAUUUCCCUUCACUGAAAAUGAUUGGUUAUCAAGUAAUUGUUCAUUCCAACGAUAAAUCUGAGGCUGUCCUUGGUUUGGGCACAGAAUUGUGUGCAUUGGUUCAAA